AUGGCCAGAUUGGGGAAACAAGGAGCUGCUAGGCGUGGUGGAGUACAACUAUCAAUACUGCUUCCGAUUUCAUUACCAUUUGAUAAACAGACACAGACUGGUGCAAAUGGUGGUACAUUGCCACUUUCACAAGAGUCUCAUGGUUCCACGAGUGUAAAUAAUGUUCCUUUGCCAGAGGGACAUGUCAAACAUAAUGUUGAGUCAUCCUCAACGAGGAGAAAACGGGGACCAACCCGAAAUAUUGCGCUUGCCAAAAAAAAGCAACCCGGCGAGAAGCUUAAUGUCAAGAUGCCUGAAGAGCUUGGGUGA